GUCAGUUAGGAGAAGAAGUGACCAUUGUUUUUUUUCCCUCAAAAACGCUUACGGUCAGGAGCAGGAGAGAUUUACCUUUCAUAACAAUACACAGUGGAAUAUCAGAUCAUGCCAGCGGGUAAACAUUUCAGGAAAAGGAAAGAGGAAUCUUCUGAUGAAGAGGAAUCUGACGAAGUGACUGCUGAAGUCAGGACUAAACUUCAUGAAGUAAAGGAGCUGCAAAGUUUACGGAGGAUACAGAAAGGUGUGAGUUUAGCAUCAUUACUUGUGGGAGAGAAGUUACCAUUGGAAGCAGAGAUAGAGGAUGAUCCAUUUAAGCUCAAGACAGGUGGCAUCGUGGACAUGAAGAAAGUGAAGGACAGAGCUGCAGAUAAUACAGAGGAUGAUCUGAACCUGGGAACUGCUUUCUCUGCUGAAACAAACAGAAGAGAUGAAGAUGCAGACAUGAUGAAGUACAUUGAAACUGAGCUGAAAAAGAAGAACGGCUUAUUGGAGGCAGAGGAGCAGAAGGUGAAGAUUAAGAAUCCUGAGGAUCACCUGUACGAACUGCCCGAGAACAUCCGUGUCAAUUCUGCCAAAAAGACAGAAGAGAUGUUGUCCAAUCAGAUGCUUAGCGGCAUCCCAGAAGUGGACCUGGGAAUCGAUGCAAAGAUAAAGAACAUAAUCAGUACAGAGGAAGCCAAAGCGAAGCUGAUUGCUGAGCAGAGGAAUAAGAAGAAAGACAGCGGUACUUCAUUUGUUCCCACCAACAUCGCCGUGAACUACGUCCAGCAUAAUCGCUUCUACCAUGAAGAUGUGAACGCGCCUCACCGACGCCACCGAGAAGAGCCUAAAGCACGACCACUGCGUGUUGGAGACACCGAGAAACCAGCACCGGAAAAAUCACCACCCAACUACCGUAAGAGACCAAACAACGAGAAGGCCACAGAUGACUAUCAUUAUGAGAAAUUCAAGAAGAUGAACCGAAGAUACUGAUCCCUCAUGACCUUUGCAAAAAAAAUCAGCUCUGAUGCUGAAAUUGUGCCUCUAUUAGAUACCAUUUUACCAUCUAGAUAAAUGAUUUAGGAAUCCUCAAGUGCUAGUGGGAUAAUUAGCACAUUUCUUAUUGAAGAUCUGGCAAGGAAAGGUCAUUUUGAAAAUAAUUAUGUUUGUACAGAUAAAAGAAAAAUUUUACCUGUAAAUAUAAUGAUGUGGGAUACUUACUGUUAUUUUAUUUUGAUUGAAUGUGAAUUACUUCAUGUUAAUGUUGCAUUGUGUACGACUUCAUUAAAAGCAGUCAAUCAAAAUUAUUUGAUUAUCUUAAUCAAAUAAUGACUUAUCUCACAAAGGAUGAUACGUGAUAACACUGCCCAGAGAGCAGCAUUGCUGCUCCACAGCUCCAAGGUUUUAUCCUGAGCUCGGGUUACUGUCGGUAUGGUGUUGCGCACGUUCUUCCAGUUUCCGUGUUUUCUGGUUUCCUCCCAUCCCAAAAACAUGCCAGUAGGUGUACUCUAUGCUGAAUUGCCCCAAGGUGUGUGCGCGUGAUGCCCUGAGAUGGACUGGCGUCCCAUCCAAGGAGUAUUCCUGGCUUACACCCAGAGUUCCUGGGAUUCCUCUGGAUCCACCAUGACCCUGGUCAGGAUAAAGGACAAUGAAUGAAUAUGAACAUGAUGUAUCUCUCUUCAUGAGUUCCUGGAUUUCUUGCUUAAUGCUACAUACAGCAUCCUUAAAUGCUAUUUCUAUUAAUUUUGGAUGAUGCGUACAUAUUUAGUUGAACAAUUUCAAUGUGUGUGUUUUUAUACAAUAUCUUUGCAUUGCAAAUACAAUUAGCGAGAACUGUGAACACUUAAUAUACCUACGUUGUCUUUCCGAGGAAAUAAAACUUCAGAA